AUGCCGAGUCUCCAGCCCCCAAUAGGCAUUGCAUAUUACUGUGUCUGGGUCUGGAUGGAAGUGCAACAAGGGUGCAAGCUUGUGAUGCUGGUUCUGGAAUUGAGUUUGUGUUUGACAGAAACCUGUUUUGCAGACUGAGUCAGCCGCAAGAGGCGUUUCCACCAGUGAGGGUAUUUUUCAUGCAGGCUGGGGUUGAAUGACGUGUACGGCAGAUGAACUUGUGAAGAUGCUCUGCGUGCAUUCCAAACCUUGUCGCAGAUCCAGAAACUGCAACAUCGCAGAUGUAUCAAUGUACAUUUUUGCCGACCCAGACAGGUGUGGUUUGCCGUUGAUACCCGGAUGCGGACAUCGAUUUCGAGUCUCUGCCUUGGAAUGUGAACUGCAGUGAGAAGUCACACAUCGUGGUAUGCACCACCAAAAAAGACUGGAAAGAGGGAGAGCACUACAACGUCAAUAUCGCAAGAAAAAACUGUUUCACCGUGAACUUGUGAUGCAUAGAAUGGAACACAGAACUAUUUGUCUUCCCACACCUGCAAGACCUUGACUCUUUAACGGUGUUUUCCCUUUGGAAGAUGGCAAAUUUUCUGACUUAUGUGUAAAAUCUUGUGAUGCAGAUCUUGCAAGAUCAUCACAGUGAAACAGUUUUUUUGUGGGAUAGUCAACUAUGCGACUGCAAUAAACCAAGAAGUGCAGUGCAUAAAAACGACCCCCUAUACCGGUUUCCCGGACAUUUUCCCUUCCUGCACCAGCUUGAAUUACGGAACUACGGUAUGGGAAGGUUUGAAAGUGUUCCGCACGUCGAAACAGCGCGCGGUGGUUUUCCGCCCAGACAAAAACUACGACAGGAUGUCCAACGGGGCGCAGGCCAUGGUAUAGAAUGAUGGAUACAAGAACAACUAACUUCUGCUUUCUGAGAUCAAGAAAUGUUUAUGUUUUUAAUGAGCAAAUCUAUGGAAAUCGAAGAUCAAGAUCUUCGAUGUUGCCCGCUCUGUUGUCGCCCGAAUUUUAGAAAGAACUGUGCCUAGUAGAGACCACUUCUAGUUGUACUCGCUCGUGCAGUUUUUGCCAUCUCAGCUCCCCGUUGUCUUCUUCUUUGUUGUGAGCCCGAUCUAAGAUGUUAUACCGUUCCAAUAUGAUUUUAGGCUGAUGAAGCUGCUGUUACUUAUUUUUUCCAAUGGCGCCAUUGUCAGCUCCUCCCCGUGCCGCCACGGGAAAUGUGGUUCAAGCAGCUGCAGACGGUGAUCCGGGAGAAUUCCACUCUGAUACCCCCCUGCGGGGAGGGGAUGAAGCUCUACGUGCGCCCGAUACUGUUCGGCAGCGGGCAGCAGCUGGGGCUAUACCCCAGCCCGCAGUUUACGCUGGCGAUGUACGUCGCGCCAACCGGCAACUACUUCAAGUCGGCCACGUCCGGCCUGAAGUUGCACCUUGAGAAGCACCACGCGCGGGCGACAAGGGGAGGAUUCGGCAGUGUGAAAUGCAGCGGAAACUACGCGGUUUGCCUGUUGCCCCUGAGCAAGACCAAGGAGAAGGAUACGGGACAAUCGAAAAAAUCCACCGCACCUUCACCAGCAAGAUCAACAUAUAUAUAAAGUUAAAUUUUUCGUAUUGAGUGUGUGAAUGCGAAUGCGUUGUAUGCGAAUGGUGUAGUUUGGUGGUAUGGGCAAUGUUUUUAUGGCUGACUUGUCGAACAAGAGCAGCGAAAGCGCAUAGAAGUUGUAGGUCAUCCUCUCGGCAGACGUUUCUACUAAAGUUGCGAAGAUGGUCCGAUGUGCAUCCCAGCAUGUACCUAGCAGACGCUUCUGAAGUGCAAGUUUAUGAUUUUCAGUAUUCGAUGAAUCUUUAAAAUACUUCUACUGUCAUGUUCAUGACUAGCGGAUGGUGCUUUUCUUUCCAUACACGGUUUCUCCGACAACAUGUAUGUUGAGCUGGACUCCUUCCACGCUGGUACGAUUAUGUAAAUGUAUGUUGAAGAUUUGCGAACAGAUUUCUUCGCUACCUGUAGCUUCCUCUGCUUUCUGGUGAACAGUACAAGAAUCGUUCUAUGUGGUCAUCGAACAAACAACGUCGGGCAUCAUGAUAGACCGCUCCAACAUACGGCGUGUUUACGUUGUAUCUAUCGUCCUCUAUAUUAUGUACGAUAUAAUCACGACAUUAGAUGAAAUUUUGUUGCAAUUUUCCGCACUAUUUCCACAGGUAAGGAGAUCCACAAGCACGACACGAAGACGGCACUUCUGAAUUCCAUCGUGCAAGAGAUGUCCGCCGCCAACGUGUUUUUUGUGCAGAAGGCAAAGAAGCGCAUUCUUACACCCUCUCUGAAAAGGAAAACGAUCCUGCCCGGUGUCACGCGGGACAGCGUCAUCCAAAUCGUAUCCUGUGCAAAAGUAUCGUACUCGUAUGAAUUGCAGUCAUGCAUGACAAACCGACCUUUUUACCUGAAUUAGCAUUACAAAUUCCAUUUUUCUUUCUGAUAAAAUUUGUAAUGCAAUUUAUACUAGUACGAUACUUUUGCAAUGCAUAAAUCGUGAAAGCGUACAACGAAGAAAUUGCAGCGGCCCUGUUCACGGCACCGGAACUCGACGAGAUUAAGGAAAAGGAAGGCGGGAAGUUUCCGGUCAUCGAAAUGCUGGAAACCGAUGUGCAGGUGGCGGACAUCGCGGACUGCUCUGAAGUAUGCAUUGCAUACUACAUCAAAAGUUGUACGGAUGCCGCGAUGCUAGGUUGCAUGAUAUAUUAUCACGCAGCGAGAAGUACUAACAAUAAAAUCAAAAUUUUGAUGUCACCAGAAAAGUCUUGCAUGCAAACAUAUUCUGGCAAUCAGUUCAAGAAGCGCGAUACUCGUACCGCUUUUUUAGUGGAUAUGAGGCAUUUGGCACGGGCACGGCCGCGGAACUAGUGCCGAUCAAGGAGUUCGCCGAAUAUUUGAACAGUGAGGAUGUCGAGGAGGGGCUAUCAAUUGCAACCAUGUCUGGGUCUGGAAGACUGCGCAGUUUUUCAAUAUGCUUCUGGUUCUGCAAGAUGUGCUGGAACCAAUGCACGCAGGGCAUCAUCAGCACAAGUUCUGCGGAAGCUUCUCCAUCCUUCCUAGAUUCAGCAGCAGAAAAACUAACAACAGUUGGCAUUGUCCUUCCAAACCCAGACAUGCUUGUUUAUCCUUGAUAAGGCCGCACGGAAGCUGAUUUAAUACAGUUUAACAGUGAAACGAGCGGUUUGACGGACAACGGGCCGGUGACGAAGAAAAUUCUGCAGAUUCUGCGGGAAAUCAUGAUGGAGGUGCGUGAGGAUAAGUUUGGCUGGCUUCGUGAUCCGUUCCUGGACGCUGACGAAG